AUGGAAUUUAAUAGUACUGAGACGUUUGUACUACAAAAAAUUUGGGAAUCCCUUAAUUUUUACAAUAAAACGGGGGUUAAUGUCAGGAUCAAUGAUAUAAGAUUCAAAUUCACCGUUAUAAAUGAUUUUAAACUGGCAUUAUUGAAUAAUCAAUAUAUUAUAGAAGAUGAUUAUAAGUUGUCGAAAGAAUCGAAACUUCAAAUUCAUAAGGAUAUUGAUUUAAUAGAUUAUCAGUUUGAUCAGUUAAUCCAAUUAUUAACCAUUAUCGUGAUUAAUUUAGAUUAUCCAUCUAAUUAUUAUGAAAUAUUCACUAAAUUUGCCAAAAUUAAUAAUAGAAUUUAUAAUUUGAACAUAACAGUGUUUUGUCAAUUACUUUUGACAACUAUUUUGAAGUUAAAAAAUGUUGGUGAUAAUGAAUAUGUGUUGAUAAAGUUCUUAAAAAAAUUCAAUGAAAAUAUUGAUGCUUUAACUGUUGAUCCUAUUAUCGAAGAAAAUCCAAGGUUAAGCUUGAGUAACUCCAACGUAUCGAAUUUAUCAUUAAACAACGAUAAUACUUCAGUAUUUACAACUCAAAGCCCAUUGAGUAGAGGGUAUUUCAAGGAUAAUAGUUCCUUGAUUUCUAAUGAAAGUGAAGAGGUCGAUCAAAUUGAAACUGAUGAAAUCGAUUUAGAUUCUAAUACAUUAUCCACUAAAGAUAAUCAUAUAAAUAUCGAUGAUUUAGAAGACCUUGAACAAGCUUUUACAACAACUACUAACAAUACUUCUGUAACUUAUGAAUCUGAUGAUUCUGAAGAUUCUACAUUUGAUUAUUUGAAUUCUUUCAAUCAAGAAAGUGAUGAUAAAAAUAAGAAAAAACUCAAAGGAGAUAAAAAAUUGAAUAGAAUAGGUUCAAGAGCCUCAAUCAUGUUAUCUCCAAGUGCUGCUAAAAGCAUGAGAAGAUUAAGUUCAGCUAACUUGAAGACUGAUUUGACCAAAAUCUCCACUAGAACAUCCCGUAAGAGAAAGGAUGAUUGUACUAUUAUGUAA